AUGAAAUACUUGUUUCUGAGUUUUAUUUGUUGUGCUUUCAGCAUCGGAAAUGGCAGGAUUGCUAGUGAUUUUGAGUUACAGAAGAACUCACAUAGAACCAAUUUAAGGCAACCAGUGAAUUCAUAUGAAAUCACAAUUAACAUAAUGAUACAUUUAGACAAAGUACUUACAAAUAGAUUGAUCAAAGAAUACGGAUCAAAGACCAGAAAAAGGCUUAAGAUAAUAUCAAACGGAAUUUUAAAAGACGUAGAGAGUUUUUUUCAUCAUCCAAGCUUAAACCAAAAUAUGAAAUUUAGAAUAAUGGAUACGAGGUUUUUGAAAAAUAGGACAAGAAUCGUUAGAAUGGAUGAAAACGGAAGUAAGUAUCUUAAGAGUUAUUGUGAGUGGCAGAGUCAAAAGAAAAUGGCGAAAAGUUGGUAUUACUCUGUACUGCUAACGGGCUUGGAUCUGUACUAUAUCGGCAAGACUGGUGAAGAAGUCCGAAGAAGUACAGGCCGCGGUUACUUGGCUGGUAUAUGCAGUACGAAGAAAAGCUGCGCAUUGCUUGAAUGGCACCCGAAGAACGUAGGCUAUUUACUGGCGCACGAAAUCGCUCAUAGUUUGGGUAUCAAUCACGAUGGUCCUCCGUACAACCAGUGCUCCGGACAGCGGUACAUAAUGGGUUCCCGGUACGACCCCAUUAAUCAUCCGCGGGCAUGGUCACCAUGCAGCAGACACUCCUUAAGGCGAUAUUUAGCAAGCAAGAGGGCUUGGUGUCUCCGUCCUGCUUCAGAGAAGACGUCUGAAUACUCUCCCAAGACAUAA